AUGGGGGACUGGAACUUAUUGGGUGGCAUCCUAGAAGAAGUUCACUUCCACUCAACCAUAGUGGGGAAAGUCUGGCUGACUAUUCUCUUCAUUUUCCGAAUGCUGGUACUUGGUGUGGCUGCCGAGGAUGUCUGGGGUGAUGAACAGUCAGCAUUUGCCUGCAACACUCAGCAGCCAGGAUGCAACAAUAUCUGUUAUGAUGAUGCUUUCCCUAUCUCUUUGAUCAGGUUUUGGGUUUUACAAAUCAUCUUUGUAUCUGCUCCCUCUCUAGUGUAUAUGGGCCAUGCACUUUAUAGACUCAAGGUCUUUGAGAAAGAAAGAAAGAGAAAAAGGUCACAUCUUAGAGCCCAGAUGGAGAAUCCAGAGCUUGACUUGAAAGAGCAGCAAAGAAUAGAUAGGGAACUGAGAAUGCUAGAGGAGCAAAAGAGUAUUCAUAAAGCCCCUCUAAAAGGCUGCCUGCUGCAUACUUAUGUCUUACACAUCUUGGUCAGGGCUGUGCUGGAAGUAGGGUUCAUGAUUGGUCAAUAUAUUCUCUAUGGGUUUCAAAUGCAAGCCCUUUUCAAGUGCACUCAACCUCCCUGCCCCAAUGCAGUGGAUUGCUUUGUAUCCAGGCCCACAGAGAAGACCAUUUUCAUGAUCUUUAUGCACAGUAUUGCAGCCAUCUCCUUGUUCCUUAAUGCACUAGAAAUAGUUCAUCUUGGUAUCAGGAAAAUCAUGAGGUCACUUUAUGAGAAAUCCAGCAGUGAGGUCACUGAGGAUGAAAGGGCCUCUCCAUUCCAUUUAAAGAAAUAUUCAGUGGCCCAGCAGUGUAUGAUUUGCUCUUCUUUGCCUGAUAGAACUUCUUUGCUUCAAGACAACAAUCAAGAAAAAAUCAUCCAAGUUAAUAUGCCCAAAUCUGAAACCAUCUGGCAUAUUCCACAGGCUAAGCAACUUGAGGUUGUCUCUUGCUGUGACAAAAAAGACUGGGCUCAGAAGGCCCAGCACUGUGGACAGCUCCUCCUUCCCAGUCCAUCCCCCUGGAAUGGCAGUGGUGGAAUGAAGGACCAUGGACAGCAACCAGGCCAUCCCUCCUCCUUUGGUCUACAGAAUCCAAUCUCCCGCUCCUGGCUGGGGAGAACAACAACCCAUGGGCAUUGUCCAUCCUAUGCACUAGAAAGCUGGGAGCACCCCCAGGACCGGAAGCCCCCAGGUGAGCCCCUCACAGAUCUACACAGUCAUUGCAGAGACAAUGACAACAAUGUGAGAGAGAGUGGGGUCUGGAUGGACAGAUCUCGCCCAGGCAGUCGCAAAACCAGCCUUCUGUCCAGAUUGCUGUCUGAAAAGGGACAGCUGCACAGUGACUCGGGAAGCUCCAUUUCUCAGAAUAGCUCCUGCCUGGACUUUCUGUAUCAGGAAAACAGCCCCUCACCUCUAACUUCAGCCUCUGGGCACAGAACAUCAAUGGUAAGUAAACACGAUAACCUAACUGAUCACAGAACUGUCAUCAGAAGAGGUGUUCCAUUCUGA